AUGGAACAAAACAAAGAAUGGGUUUUUGCUCAAGGGGCCAAGAUCCACAAUACGUACCAACGGUACAUGGAUAUUGCUACUCCCCACACCGUGUAUAGAUGGGCGGCAACUUACGUGUUGAUGUUCUUGUUUGCCUUGAGGAUCAUACUCUGUGAGGGGUGGUACAUUGUGUGUUACACUUGGGCCAUUUAUUUAUUGAACAUGUUGCUUCAAUUUCUGACUCCGAAGUUUGAUCCGUCGUUGGAACAGGAAUACGAAAACGAGUCUGUUGAAGAAGGCACCUCCAAGAUGGAUGAGAGAGACGAAGAGUUCCGUCCCUUCAUCAGAAGACUUCCGGAAUUCAGAUUCUGGAUCAAAAGCACCAAUGCCACGAUUAUCGCUCUUUUCUGUUCGUUCUUUGGCAUAUUCGACGUUCCUGUUUUCUGGCCCAUCUUGGUGAUAUAUUUUGUCAUUUUGUUCACCUUGACCAUGAGAAGACAGAUACAACACAUGAUCAAGUACAGAUACCUUCCAUUCGAUAUCGGGAAGGCAAGAUAUAACCAUAAAUGA